UCGCGUCGCGAAUUGCGAAUAAUGGCUAGAGAAUACAAGAGCGACGAGGGUGUCGUUGGGGUCCGGAAAGCUCUGUUUGCGCAGGGUGCGCGCGGCUGCGUACAUCCUGUUGUGUCGGCAGUAGCGCCGCCGGCCCGCUCCCGGCCGCUACCAUGUAGCUCGCCCCACGAUGUCCGCCACCUAGUCUUCCAGCGGCCAGCCGCACUAGUUUUAAGAAACGAAGUCUUCCAUUAGGUUAAGUUUAGAUAAGAUGCACCGUGGUAGAGCGGCGCGCCGCGAGAACGAUAGGGUCGUGUUCGAACGCCUCUGGCGGGGCUCCUUCCAAACGGUGGUGGGGCAGCGACAACCCCGAGCCUCCUCCCACGAUCCGAUCAUGCAGCCCACGGUGGCGGACGCAUUAGAGCCGGCCCUCAGGACUCUCCUGUCCGGGCUCCGCGGCUGCUGCUGCAGGUGCAGCUGCGCCCAGAGGCAGCACGAUAACGAUUUGCAGGUCUGUCUCCCCGACGAUCGGAGGAAAGCGAUGCGGUCCGUGAUCAGCGUACGUGAAACGCACGCAGUGGCCGAAGCUCAGCAGGAGAAGAAUGCGAGGCUUAGAGACGCUUUCGGGAUAUCCCCGAGAUUCGUGGAGGGGACCAGCUUGGACCCCGAGCGAAGAGCCAGGGAGGAGGCGCAACGAUAUCCGUUAGUGAGGACGCCCAGCCAUGAGCGGGAGGAACGGGAAACGCAUGUCGCCAAGAAGAAGAAGAAGCGAAGUGCUUCUCCAGAAGCAAAGAAAUCAAAGAAGAAAAAGUCUAAGAAGAAUAAGAAAGAGAAAAUGCUGACUCUACAAUUAUCCAAAAGUCAAAGAAAAAUUUUAUGGAGUUACCUACAUAGGCAGGAAUCCAGCAAGAAGAAGAAGAAGCGCUCAAGGUCACCCAACACGGAGAGUUCCAGCAGCUCUGAAGACAGCGAUUCCGGCAGCUCGGACGAUGAGAAGGCUAAGAAGAAGAAAAAGAAAAAAUCAAGAAGCCGACGACAUACAAGCAGCCAGCCAUCAAGUCGGGAGAGCUCUCCAGUAAACAGAAAUAAAACCAAACAAACACAGCAUCGUCCCGAAGUAACUAUUGAUGAAGACCCGAAAAGGAAUAAAGAUAAGGACACCAGGAAUAGAAGACAGGAAGAAGAUGCUAGAAAUUCACAUCUCGGAACAGACAGAAGGCGAGAUGAUCGUAGUCGCUCCGUAGAUAGAAGAUCCCUGAGCUACAGACGAAGAGACGACAGGAGGUCACCAGAAUAUAAACAGAAAUCAUACGUAACUAAAGUCGAUAAAAGAAGGGACUCCCCUAGAGACGAAGAGAAUGCUGCUAAACGGUCAAAACGAGACCGCCAUCGGUCCGUAUCCGAAUCCUCAGAAGAACCCCCGAGGAAAUCUGACAAAAAAGAUAAAACCUCCAAAAGACCAGCUAGCUUAUCGCCCCCACCUGAAAAACGAAGACGCAGGAGUCCGACACCUCAAGACACUAGAAAGAAAGAUAGCUACUACAACAGAAGAGAUGCUUCGGAAGAACGAGGCCGACAAAAGAGAAGAACUCAUAGAUCAAGAAGCGCAUCACCAAAUAUCAGAAACAGACGCGAUGACGAUAGAAGAGACUACGAUAAAUAUAGUCAGAGAAACAGCUCAAGCAACGAUCGGUACAGAGACAGCAGGCGCAGAGACCAAGAGGAUAAACGUAGAAGAAAUAGGAGCUCCUCGCAUGAGAGACGAGAUACUUCUCCUGAACGACGAGAUAGGUCCCCAGCAUCUAAAUACAAGAAAACACACGCGCGUCAGGAGCCCGAAAGAUACUAUAAAAACACAAAAAUGCCCCAAAGAUCUUCCUCGUCUGAACCCGAAUCUGACUCACAGGCAAAACGCAAAGAUACCAAAAGCAAAACAAAACCCAAUAAGGAGUCACCGAUAAAAGAAAAACGGAAACGUAGCCCAGAAGUUGUAGAAACUAGAAAUCAUCAUGAUAGCAGGAGCGAUAAAAGUAAAAUUACUCAAAAACCUAUAGAAGACAAACGUGAAUCUAGUCGAUCGAGGCGCAAAUCGCAGACUCCCGAAAGGUUUAGGCGCAGAUCGCGCGAUAGAUCCAAAUCUUCUAGUCCCGAGAGAACUUCAAGAAGAGACAAACAAAAGAGCGUAUCUCCAAAAAUCAAGAAGAAACCCGAGCGAAGAACGUCCUCACCGAAAGCGUCCAGACACGAUAAAGAUCGCACCGACCAUAGAGAAUCUCAUAAAGACAGAUCGAGGUCCCGAUCCAACCGCCGCAGCCGCAGCACCUCUAGCCUAAGCUACUCCCCCGCUAGACGAAGCCCCGAAAGAUACAAAGAUAUCAUAGAAAAGUUACCAGAAAAAGACAAGCGAAAAUAUAUCAAGUCGCCGUCGGAUCUGAAUCCCAAAAAGAAAAAAACCAAGGAGUUGAUGGAAAACUACAAACCGAAGACGGUCUGCAUGAGAAGUUCGUCCAGCGAAAACGACGAUUCCGAAGACGAGACGGAAUUUCUCAGAUUGGACGAACGCAAUCGUCAAGAGAAACUAGAUAUCAAAUAUCUGACGAAACUCAGAGAGGAGAUGACACAAAUAGCGAAGAACGAGGCAGCAGAGAAAGAGACGAACGGACCGUCCACGUCGAGCGCGGCGAAAGAGAAAGAAAAAGAAAGCCCGAAGAAAGAUAGCAAAGUUAAAGACAGUCCCAUAGUGAUCAACGACAAGUCCAAAUCUCCCGUUCAGAUAAGUCAAAAACUGGAGUCGCCAAAGAAAAGUCCGGUAAAUGUGGAGAGCUCGCCGGAAGUGAAGAAGCGUGCACGCAGCGGUUCGCGCCGCAGUUGGUCGCGGUCGUCGUCGCGACGGUCGCGGUCGCGCAGCAAGACGCGUGGCAAGUCGCGCAGUAAGUCGCGCAGCAAAUCACGCGGCAAGUCGCGCAGCAAGUCACGCGGCAAAUCGUGCAGCAAGUCACGCGGCAAGUCGCGCAGCAAGUCACGCGGCAAGUUGCGCAGCAAGUCACGCGGCAAGUCGCGCAGCAAGUCUCGCGGCAAGUCGUGCGGUAAAUCGCGCUCACGGUCGAGAUCGCGGUCCCAUACGUCGCGCUCCAGAUCCAGAUCGUACUCGUCGUCAAGGCGUUCCCGGUCGUCGCGGUCCAGCUCGUACAGCAGCCGCAGCUCCUCCCGCUCGUCGCGCAGCUCGUCGCGAUCCACACGCUCCUCGAGGACGAUGACGGGCGUGUACGGCGAGUACCGGUCGCGGUCGCCGUCGAUCCCACGCCGCGCCGGCUCGCCGAGCUUCCUCGACCGACGCCGCAUCACGAGUGCACGCAAAAGACCGAUCCCCUAUCGAAGACCGACGCCGUCGUCCGUAUCCAGUGGAAGUUACUCCAGCCGGUCUUCUCACAAGAGUUGGAGCAGAUCACCACGGCAUGAAGAAGAAUAAAUGGUCUUCUGUACACAGGAAGACCAUUCCAGGAUUUUAGGAGUCGUCUGUAAUGUCUAUAGAAAAUGAAGAUUCUGAGAAUCAGAUGCGAUUAGCAUUGGUUUUUUCUACUUUGAUUUAUACUCUUAGUGCAUGGGCGUAUGAGGCCGAGGUACGGGCAGGGGGGGGGGGGGGGGGGGGGGGGCAGCACCUUCAAUACUAUUGUGAGGUACUCAUUAAGUU